UAGCUUUCCUAGCAGUCUAAAGAAGCAGGAACAAAUUGGUUUAGUGUGAUAGUAGUACUUUUAGGGACGGUGGUUGGGCCCCCUCACUCUAAAAUGACUUAGUGAAAAGCUUGUCUUUUUGGGUAUCGGUCGAAUAUAAUUGGGGACAGAUAUCCGGUAGGUCGACGUUUACAUGCUAACGUUUUUUGCAAACUAUCAAAACUGGUAAACUAACUCUAUACAGACUGCUCCGCGAGGCCAGGUGAUUUUGUGAUGUUGUAAUAUUGUGGCUGAAAACUUAAGCAGACCAUGAUAGAACCAGAAUUACUGACUGAGGUCCCGGCGGCGCUUAAGCGGCUGGCCAAGCAGGUGGUAAGGGGAUUCUAUGGAAUUGAGCAUGCAUUGGCCCUUGAUGUGCUGAUCCGAAACCCCUGUGUACGAGAGGAGGACAUGUUGGAGCUGCUAAAGUUUGAUCGUAAACAGCUGCGCUCUGUACUCAACACCCUGAAGUCAGACAAAUUUGUCAAGUGCCGUAUGAGAGUGGAGACCGCUCCUGAUGGCAAGACAACAAGGCACAACUACUACUUCAUCAAUUACAGGGUACUGGUAAAUGUGGUGAAGUAUAAAUUGGAUCAUAUGCGUCGGCGCAUUGAGACGGAUGAGCGGGACUCCACUAACCGUGCCUCCUUCAGAUGCCCCUGCUGCCACUCCACCUUCACUGACCUAGAGGCCAACCAGCUGUUUGAUCCUAUGACUGGUACAUUUCGCUGCACUUUCUGCCAAACUGAGGUGGAAGAAGAUGAAUCCGUCUGUCCUGAUGCCAGGACACUGGUAGCACGCUUCAACGAGCAGAUUGAACCCAUCUAUGCACUACUGCGUGAGACCGAAGAUGUUAACUUGUCCCAUGACCUGUUGGAGCCUGAGCCUGCCGAGAUCCCUGCCCUCAAACACAGUCGAGAACGUUCGGCAGCAUCAGGACUAAACUCUGCAAGUGGGCAACACCGUGAAGCCUGGUCAAACAAAGGCUCAUCCUACGCUGACCUCUACACUCAGAAUGUUGUCAUUAGCAUGGAGGAGCAGGAAGAGCAACAGAAGCAGGCUAAUGAAGGCAAGGCACCCAAAGAAAGGCCUGUGUGGUUGACCCAGAGCACUGUGCAGGGUGCUUACAGUGAGCCUGACCCCCUUAAGAACCGUGGAGACUUGCUACACAAAACCCAGGAUGGAGAUGCUGGUCAUGGGGUUGGUCAGGCGGAUGAAAAUGAGGAAGUGAUGAGGGCUCUUCUUAUCCAUGAGAAGAGGGGCGUGGCAGCAGCUGGCGGAGGUGGAACAAGCGUUGCAACCAGGGGACUCACCUCAGCCACUGCGAAUGCCAGUGACUCUGACAGUGACACCAGUGAGUCAGAUGAUGGUUCUCCCGCAGUGCCUCCCACCACCACAGCUGCUUAUCAUCAGGCUGACAAGGAGGAGGAAGACGACGAUAGUGAUUUUGAAGAGGUGGGGGAUGAGCCCAUGGUAACAGUAGGGGGUCAGCCAUUCUCAUACCGAGAGGUCAGCCAGAGGCCAGAGCUAGUGGAGCAAAUGUCUGCACAGGAGAAGGAGGCCUACAUUGAAAUGGGACGAAACCUCUUUCAGGAUAUGUACUUCUGAACUUAUUUACGUACACAAAGUAAUAAGAUUAGUAUGUUGGCUGUGACUUACCAAAAGCACACCACUGCUUUCUCACUCUGUCAUCGGUAACAUCUGAGGAAAUAUGUGUGCACUGUACAACAACAAAACCUGCUGCUUCAGAGGUAUUAACAGUGUACAUGCUUUUUCUUUUUCAAUCCAAGGACAUUCUUUGAAAGUGUUCAGUAGCUCACAACUUUUAUAAUCUUGUCAGUAUUUUUCCCCUCGUCAACAGACCAAAGGUAGACGGCAGGCUUAACUUUGAUAGUUUCUUCUUUUGGUCAGUUUAUUUGUAUUUCAGCUCUAACAGGCCUUCUGGACUAUUUGGAGCAACUGUUCUUGAGGUGUGAGGUGCUGCCCCUGAGGGCAUGAGAAAAUAAAUAAAACCUGUGAACAAAUGGUUAGCUAACUCCUGUGAUGUCUUGGGGGAAAUCAGUAAUUUUUCAUAGUUAAGGAGAGAAAGGAGGUAAUAUUAAAAGAAUGC